AUGCAGGUAGCAUGGUUGAAAUGCAGAUUUCUACGUGCGAGACUCCAAAGAACUUUCCCAGCACGGCCAGAUGUUGCCACCCCACUCGCUCAACCCUCUGUUCAUCAUUUGCACAUACAAGUAGGAGACAAGGCAGAAUUAACCAAGACAUUUACACAGGAGGAUGUUGUUACAUUUUCGAAGUUAACAGGAGACACGAACCCAUUGCAUCUGGAUGAAGACUACGCAGGGAGCUCAAUAUUUGGCAGGAGAGUUGUACACGGUGUUCUGAUCAAUGGACUCAUCUCUGCUCUUCUGGGUACUAAGAUGCCAGGGCAUGGCUGUGUUUUUCUUUCUCAGGAAAUUCGUUUUCCAUCCCCGUUAUACGUUGGAGAAGAGGUCUUAGUUGCAGCGGAAGUGAAGAAACUGAAGAGAUGCCUUGCUUAUAUUUCCGUCUCCUGUACUGUUGCAGAAAGUGGCAAAACAGUGAUGGAAGGCACCGUUAAAGUCAUGGUGCCAGACGAUCAGAAAUCACAGAUUUGACCCCAAGCUGCAGUAUAUUAUUGUAGCUGGGGCCAUGAAUAGUUUGUGUGGACAUACAUUUAGAUGCUUUUCAAGACAGUGCCGGCUGUACAUUAAUGCAACUGCUUAAUGAUACACAGAGUACAUCUUAUCUAUAUCUGUAAUCAUUGGUGUUUUGUUUUAUCCCACCACGGCUCAGAACAGAGAGCUGAAUGCAGAUUUCCUGCACCAGUGCAUCAUUCCCACCUACAUUUCUGUGGUUUGUUAAUGUGGCUGGUUUGGAUUCCUUUGGACCGUUGGUUGCUCAAAACGGCUUUUUCCUAGUAAUGGGUUCAUAAACUUUAAUAAAUCACACAGAUCCCAUUAUAAAAAAUUCAUUCUCUUGUAAUCGAGUGCAUAGUUUGGUGGGUUCCUCCCCCCACCCACAAUAAAAAUAAUUACUUUCAAAAGGCCGUUUUGCUACCUAUUCCCUUCAUGCAGAAAGCAAAUUGCAGGAUCCCUUUACCCCAUAUAUAUUCACUCAGCCACUUGGAUUCACAGAACUGGCACUCUUGACAGGUGCUACAUAAUACGGUGGUACCUCGGGUUAAGAACUUAAUUCGUUCUGGAGAUCCGUUCUUAACCUGAAACUGUUCUUAACCUGAGGUACCACUUUAGCUAAUGGGGCCUCCCGCUGCCGCCGUCGUGCGAUUUCUGUUCUCAUCCUGAGGUAAAGUUCUUAACCCGAGGUACUAUUUCUGGGUUAGCGGAGUCUGUAACCUGAAGCGUCUGUAACCCGAGGUACCACCGUACUUGUUCUGCGCUUGUAAGAAAUGGGUAUUUUAGUGCAGGCUGCACCUGUUCUUUGGAACUCCCUGCCUGUUGAUAUUGGACAGGCGCCUUCACUGAGCUCUUUUUGCUGCCUGUUGCUUGUUUUUAGACAAGCCUAUCCACAAAUGCGGGACCCAGGUGGUGCUGUGGUUAAACCACUGAGCCUAGGGCUUGCUGAUCAGAAGGUUGGCGGUUCGAAUCCCUGUGACGGGGUGAGCUCCCGUUGCUUGGUCCCAGCUCCUGCCAACCUAGCAGUUCGAAAGCACGUCAAAAUGCAAGUAGAUAAAUAGGAACCGCUACAGCGGGAAGGUAAACGGCGUUUCCAUGUGCUGCUCUGGUUUGCCAGAAGCGGCUUUGUCAUGCUGGCCACAUGACCUGGAAGCUAUACGCCGGCUCCCUCGGCCAAUAAUGCGAGAUGAGCGCGCAACCCCAGAGUCGGUCACGACUGGACCUAAUGGUCAGGGGUCCCUUUACCUUUAUCCACAAAUGCACAGGUUGCGUGUGUUUGAUUUCUUUAACUAUUGCUGACUAAAUUAUUAUUUUUUAAAGAUCUGUUUUUCACGUGGGCAACAAGUACUAUUGGAAUUGCUCUGGCCUCCAGAAAAAUGGCUGUUGUCGGUUCCCCUGUAGUUCUCUCCAGGGCUUUUUCUCAGCAAGAACUUGCCGGAGCUAGCUCAGUUCCAGCACCUCUCUGGUGGGUGCCAUUGCUAUGUUAAGAGAAUAAGGGAGGCAUUCAUAGUAAGUGAUGGAAAAAAGGCAUAGCCAAGGGGGGCAAGCGGCAAGCUGCCCCCCCAAAAAACCAAGUACAUAAAUAAAAAAUAAUUAACUGGGCAAUUGUAUCACAUAUAGCUCAGUUCUGCCCCCCACCCCCACGUAAAUCCUGGCCAUGCCCAUGGGAGUGCGGCAACAGCUUCCCUCAAUGUAGCCAUCUACCGUAUUUUUCCAUGUAUAAGAUGAGGGUUUUUUUCCCUUCUAAAGAGUUGUUAAAAAUUGGGGGUUGUCUUAUACAUGGAUAGUGCAGAGGGGUGAUGUGCGAUUGGUGGCAGCCGCGAGCAGGAGAUUGUAAGCGGCGAUUGGGUGGGUGAUUGGUGGCUAUGACAAGGCAAUCUCUCCCCAUUUCCUUCAAUUUGGAUUCCAAAAAAAUAGGGGUCGUCAUAUACAGUGGGAAAUCGAAUUGCGAAUUUAAUCCGUUACGAAUGCACACUCGUAGGUCGAAAACUUCGUAAGUCGAGUUUCCCAUAGGAAAAGCGGUUUCCCAUAGGAAUGCAUUGGAAACGGAAAAAUUCGUAAGUCGAGGAAACUGCAUCUAAAAACUCGUAAGUCGAGGAAACCGCAUCUAGCCGCGAACGGGUUUUCCGUUCAGAUGCUGAAAAAAUUGUAAGUGCGUGGCCACUUUUUCCGCUCAUAAGUCGAAAACGUUGGAUGUUGAGUAGCUCGUAAGUCGAGGUCCCACUGUACAGGGGCGUGUUGUACACGGGAAAAUACGGUAACCUUGCAUCAAGGAACUCAAAGGGGACAGCCCUUAUAGUUGCUUCCAGUGUGGGGAAAAGCUUCAGUCAGAGUGGCAGCCUUACUUCACAUCAAAGAAUUCAUACAGGACACAAACCUAAGAAAGGGUUGAAGUGUCGAAAGAUCUUCAAUCAUAUCAAAGCUGCUGCAGAGAGCAAACCAAAGAUUGUGCUCAUUGUUAGAAUCCGCUUCUUUUUCUUUGUUUCAUUUGAUUUUUUGCUUCACUCCAGUUUGUCAUAAUAGACUUUUACUUGUUUUGAGGGCCUUUUUUUUAAUUAUUUUUAACGUAUCUUAAGUUGCUUUUAGUUACCCACGUAAAAAAGCAGGCGGUAAAUUUAAUAAAAUAUGCAAAUCUAUUAAAAAAUUAAAAAUGCAUAAUGCCCCCAAUUAAACAGAUAAAAUCAGUAAAAACCUA